AUUGGAAACCAUAGUUGAAAGGGAGCUUCUUUUCCUCUUUUCCAAAGAGAUAUCACAUCAAAUGAACAAAUGCAAAAUUUGAAUCUCUCUGCAGAAUCAUCAAUAUUGCACCAUCCAAUUUCCAAAUUGGCACAAUCAAAGACCAUACUCAACUCUAAAUCAUUGCUCCUAUUUUUGUUUGACACAUUCAAGUUGGUUGCAAUGAAACAAUUAUGGGUAUUCCGCCUCGCUGAACGCGCCAGCCAUUCUCAUCAGUUCUACUUACAGGAGCAACUACUUCUUCUUCAGACUGGAAAUUUUUACUUUUGCCAUUUCGUUUAGCAAACAACCUCACAAGUCUUCGGCAUCCCCAAAAACUUUCUGUUGAAGAGGAAGGUCAAGUGAAAAAUGGUGAAACCAAAGUCUAGGAUGGCUGAGAGUUCAUGCUUCUUCCGGAUUUUCUCCCCUAAACUGCAUGGAAAUGAAUUGAAAAUCAAUCCAGGUUUUGUGAAUGAAUAUCUGAAGAAGGUGCCUGAUAGAAUGGUCCUCAAGUGCGAAUCCGGGGGUCCUUGGCCUGUUAGAGUAGUCAAAACUGGGAAUGAUGUGUUUCUGAGACAUGGCUGGCAGGAAUUUGUACAAGAUAACUCGCUUCAGGAGAACAACUUCCUGUUCUUUACAUAUGAUGGAAAUGCAGAACUAGCUGUCCAAAUAUUUGAGGACACUGGAUUGGAGAGGGAUUACUCGGCAGCCGCCUCAGAAACACAUCAGGAAGACGAUGCAAGCCCGAGGGUCCAAAACUUAGGCCGAGAGGCCCGAGACCCAAAGGAAGAAAUCAAUGGUGACAGGGAGGAGAGAAUCAGGUCUUUCUUAUCAAGCUGUGGAAAUGAUCUCUUCGAGAAACAGAUGCGGCGUCACAAUGUCGCUAAUCCAUUUACAUUGGUUAGUUUCCUAUACUUUCCUGAACAUCACCCAUGAUUGUUAGUUCAUUGUCUUCUUUCUACCUAUUGACUUGAAUAUUGGAGUUUUUUAGGCCUUUCUGCUUAGGUUGAUCUAAGAGAAACAAUCCUAAGUCCUAACAUUUGAUAAACAAGAAUGCUGUGGUAUUUUUCCAAAUAUAUUAUAGACUAUGUAAUUUAAUUUGUGUGUUGAUCUGAUGCAGCGCAUUCCUUUAGAGUUUGCUGAGGAACACUUGGGAAGGAAUAAGACAGUAGUAAGACUGAUCAGUGCAAAGAGUCAAAAAUCUUGUAAAGUGAAUUACACAUAUAAUGUUAGGAACAAGCAGUGCACCUUUGUUGGAGGUUGGGGCAAAUUCGCUCGCAGAAAUAACCUAAAGAUCGGCAAUUUCUGCAUAUUUGAGCUUGUUGGAGAGAGGACAUUCCGGGUUUUCGUGUUCUGAUCACCCUCAGCAGAAGAAUUGAUGUGGAUAAAGAUCAACAUAUCUCUCUAUCUUCUGCAACUUUUUCUUCUGGAUGUUAUGGAACUUUAAGUUGAGCUACAACGUAAGUCCUUUUAAAUUUGUAACAAAUCAAUCUGUGCCACUAGUUUAACUCCUUUAUUACAAGACUAAUUAUUUGCAUUAUUGAGUACUGUGUAUGUUUUCACAGCUCUGUUGUAAAGAUUUUUAUUUUUCCUGACUUAUUUGCGAGUAGAUGAAUACUUCAGCUUGGAAAACAUUUUUAUCUGGUUGAUUCUGUCCUGAGGACUUCAUUACAUAGGCAAAAAAAUUGCCCAUAUGUAAUGGGCCAAGUUCAUUUUUCCUCUUAAGUUACAUAGGCAAAGUUGUUUGGGCUUUGAGGAUAAGGCCUAGUGAAACGGCCAACCCUCAUAGAGAGGAUUUAACAAGCAAUAUGGACCGAAUUUGCGCUAAAAAUGAUACUCCUCCUAAAAUUAGUACUCCUUUCUCC